UUGUGUAGAUCGGGACUUAACCUCUCCUUUCAAAAGUGUUUAUACCGUAUUGACCAAAGUGAAUAUUCGUUUAUCAUGCAAAAAUUAAUGCGAGUGUGCAAACGUUUCGUAAAUACCGAAGAGAAAUUUCGAGAUAGAUCGCAAUGGAUUAAACCAAUUGGCCAUGAAACCGAGGUGACUGUGUACAACCCGAUAACGAGGUGCAAGGUACCUUUGAUUUUGACAACAAGGAAUACCUUGAAAUGGUAUAUGUGCGGUCCUACGGUGUACGACUCGGCGCACAUUGGACACGCAACCACAUACAUAAAGUCAGAUAUCAUCCGUCGAAUACUGACGGAUCACUUCAACAUAGACGUGUUGUUAGUAAUGGGCAUAACAGACAUCGAUGACAAAAUAAUCAAACGUUCCAUUGAGAACAAACAGAAUUUCAAGACUUUGUCGAGGCAUUUUGAGAUGGAAUUUUUGGAGGACAUGAAUAAGUUAAAUGUUCGUAAGCCGUACAUGUGCUGCAGAGUUACGGACUAUGUGCCACAAAUUAUCCAUUUUGUUGAGAAACUUAUAGCGACUGGUUAUGGUUAUGUCGCAGAAAAUGGAUCUGUCUAUUUUGAUACAAACAAGUACAAUAGAUACGGUAAACUAUCGAUUCCCCUUCCUGACACUGGACACCCGUAUAAAAAGUCUGCUUUGGACUUUGCUCUGUGGAAAGUGGCGAAAGAUAAUGAACCCUCCUGGAAGUGUCCAUGGGGUCAUGGUAGGCCAGGAUGGCACGUGGAAUGCAGUGUAAUUGCAAGCGCGGUCUUUGGGAAUUCUAUAGAUAUGCACAGUGGUGGGAUAGACCUGAUUUUGCCACAUCAUGAGAACGAAGAGGCACAAUCUUGCUGUUACCACGGUGUCGAGCAGUGGGUGAAUUAUUGGCUCCACUGCGGCCACCUGCAUCUGAAAGGCGAUGUGAAGAUGUCGAAGAGUCUGGGGAACACAGUAAGCAUACGUGAUUAUCUCGAGAAGUAUUCGGCGAAUCAUCUCAGAAUGGUCUGUCUACUUUCCCACUAUCGAAAUGGACUUGAAUUCACGGAGAAAAUUAAUCAGAACGCGGUGAUCGUAAUGAAGAAGAUUGAGAACUUUAUAAGUGAUUGCAGCACUUAUGCCGCGGGCAAAUUGCAAACUGGCGAGAUUGACGAAAAUCUCCUGCUCACUACUUGGCAAAAUACGAGAGAUAAAGUAGAUUCAGCCCUGGCAGAUGAUUUUGACACCGCGCAGGCAAUGCAUGCAAUUUUGGAUCUUGUGAAAACAGGGAACAAAAUGCUUCAUCAGGGUGACAUACCGUCAACUGGUAAAAUUAAUGGUAACCAUGUAAGCAUCAUUGCCGCAGUUUCGAAUUACGUUUCAAGUACUCUUUCGAAAUUUGGCUUAUCACAAUCCACAUCAGCGAGCGACCGACGAGUUGAAGACGUCGUUGAUCACUUUCUCAAAUUCAGAACGGCCGUCAGAACUAGAGCACUCGAGAACCCGAAGAACAACGUUUUACUGAAAGAAUGUGACAAUGUGCGGGAGGAACUGUCCGCCUGUGGAAUUCUAGUGAAGGAUCUCAAAGACGGUUUCACGUGGAGAUGGAAGUAGCAUAUAAAAACAAUUGAUUAACUCUACAUUAAAAAAAAAUAUAUAUAUAUAUAUAUAUAUAUAAACGAUUCUCUACUUAUUGUAGAUAUGCAGCAUCAAGAAGAGCAGUUGACAGUUUUACCGUAUCGACUGUACUUAUAUAAAAAUAAAAAGACUCUACACUA